AUGUAUUUACCUUUGAAAAAAAAAACCAACGCACAAAAAUACAGACCGGAGUGGGAGAAUAUGGACGAAUUUAAAGGUUGGCUAAAAUUGACAAGUGGAAACUCAAGCAAAGCAUUUUGUACAUAUUGUUCUACGGAGAUUCUUGCUAAACUGUUUGAUAUAAAGAAGCAUGCUGAGACCAAAAAGCAUAAACAGAAAGUAGAGUUCAAAACAGGCAAUAAAGAAAUUCCUUUCAAAGUUGUACCAAAAGACCAUUUAUUUAGACCUUGCGGUGAUUCUGAAGGCGCAUUGACCUUAUUUAUUGCCGAGCACUGUUCUAUAUAUGUGUUGACCAUUUAG